AUGGCAGCACGUCAGCGUGACGUCAGCGUCCAGCAGCACUCGAAUCGCCCCUGCAUCUUUCACAACCGCUCUCAGUUUUCGAAGAGACAGGAGGGGGAGUUGUUCGAGGGGAGGACUAGAGAAUCACAUAAGGCCACUGAGCCUGAGAAGAAGAAGGGGAGUGUGCGUGCGAGCGGAUGGGGGGACCACGACAACGGGGACGAACGGCGUGACGACAAGCGGCAGCAGCGGAUGGGUGGAGCGGCGGGAGGAGGAGAUCGCUGCGGUAAAGAGCAUCUUGGCUCGCGCGACCAUGCAUCCCUCCCCGUGGGCAAGUAUGGGAGGGACGACGAGGCCAUGCUGAGGUGGUUCCUGCAUGCACCCAUCCUUUUCCUAUCCCCUCUCUUCCCCAAUUCACCAUCAGCUGGUAGACGAGGUGAAGAGCAUCUUGGCGCGCAACCAUGCGUCCCUCCCGGUGGGCGACUUGUGGACGAGGUGAAGAGCAUCUUGGCUCGCGACCAUGCGUCCCUGCCCGUGGGCGAGUAUGGGCGGGACGACGAGGCCAUGCUGAGGUGGUUCCUCAAGGAUCGCAAGUACAAGGUGGAACCCACGGUGGAGAAGCUUGUGAAGGCUAUUAAAUGGCGCCACGAGUUUGGAGUGGCGGGGCUGACAGCUGCUGACGUGGCAGAGGAGGGGGCCACGGGGAAGGCUUUCCUCCACGAGUACGCUGACGUGGACGGGCGGCCCGUGAUCGUUGUCGUGGCAGCGAAACACUUCCCCGACUCAUCCCGCCUGGUGUACAGCCAGCAGCUUUGCGCGUACCUCAUUGAAAGAGCCAUAGAGCGACUGCCGGAGGGGGAGGUGCAGUUCCGAGGGAUAUUCGACCUGAGAGGUUUCACUGCUAAGAACACCGACCUGGCUUUCGUGAAAUUCAUGAUUGACGUGUUCUUCAACUACUAUCCCAAGAGAUUGCACCAGGUGCUCUUUGUGGACGCGCCCUUCAUCUUCCAGCCGGGGUGGAAGGUCAUGAAGCCGCUGCUCAAGUCGUACGCCAACCUG